GUAGAUCAAAAAUCUAAGGAUCCACUAGAAGGAGGUCUACUGUGCAGUGACCACAAAGAAAACAGCCCUGAAGACCAGGCCAGGAGCAAGUCUCAGGAGUACCAAAUAGAUGAGAAGGGGAAGUCAACAUUUCUAUCCAAAAGCAACUCAAGCCCUUCCACACCAGGCAUUUCCUUGUCCUUGUUUCCUCUAAAAGCCUACAGUUCUCCUGGUUUGUCUGCUUUCUACAAGCAGAACUUCUCAUGGGACUCCCUACACUCUGCCUACAGCUUCAAGCAAAUCCCAUCCCAUCUACACCCUUCCAUGUUGCAGCACUCCAUAAACUUGUACAAUAGUUCUUCUACGACUGACUCAAGCUAUGAUCACCCUCUGAAUUACAGCAUGGGGUACACUUCAGCUAUGGAAACCUACCACUGUGUAAAGUGCAGCAAAGUUUUCUCUACUUCCCAUGGUCUUGAG